UGAAAAAGUAUCUCAAAUAAUGAAAGCUUAAAUGCGGCAGAAAUUCGCAGCGCAGCCUUCAUCGUAACAAGUUCUAUUUUCCAAAAAAGAAGAACAAUUAUUACAGCAAUUACCUGCUCCAGUAAUUAAUUAGCCGCAUCCUUUGGAAAAUUACAGAUUUACUACUACAAGUCUACAAGCGCUGAAAUAAAAUCUUAAGCGCUGCAAUGGCUUCUCUUCUUCCGGAAAUGGAUCCUCGUCAACGGCUGAGCUUUUCUCCUACCACUCCCCAUUUUUUCAAGAUCAUCCCUGUUGAAACAUCUAGAUACAGAAAACUUAGGAUUCCGAAGAAAUUUGUGAACAACUAUGGAGAAAAUCUAUCAAAUCCAGUACAUUUCAAGCUUCCAAGUGGUGCAGAAUGGGAAAUCGAAGUGACAAGGCGUGGUGGGGAGGUUUGGUUUGACAAGGGUUGGCCAAAGUUUUCUGAGUUUUAUUCUCUUGGCUAUGGUGACUGUCUCAUUUUUCGAUAUGAAUGGAAUUCCAAAUUCCAUGUUUGCAUAUUUGAUAGAAGUGCCACGGAGAUUGAGUAUCCAUUACCAUUGCCGGGGAUGGAAGAAACUGAUGAAGAUGAUGAUGAAUCUGUGGAGAUCCUGGAGGACUUUCCGCCGUGCCCAAAAACAAGGCAGAAAUCUCCAUUGUCGUCUCCUCCUCCUCGCAAGAGAAAGAGAAUAAGUACUUCUAUUGGUUCUACAAGUAAAAAAUUAGAAACCAAAAGCACUUUAUGGAUGAAACCAUUGACUGAAAAUGAGAAAGCUAUUGCCCUUCAGAGAGCCAUCGAUUUCAAAUCCGAAAACGCUCACUUCAAGGUUGCCAUGCAGCCUUCCUACAUAUUCAGCCAAUUGGUUUUGCCUUCUGAGUUUGCCAAGAAGUAUCUUACGCAGCAUCCAACUGGUAGUGCCAUCCUUCGAGUUCCGGAUGGAAGAACUUGGAAUGUUAAAUUCAAAUAUGAUAACAAAAGAGCGCGAUUCCUGCUUGGUUGGCCGGCAUUCGUAGAAGACAAUAAUCUGAAAAUCGGCGAUGUGUGUGUAUUUAUGUUGAUUAAGGGCUUUAAAAUUACAUUUGAAGUUGCCUUUUACCGCAGGAAAGAAGCUGCAAUUUGUUCCAUUUCUUCUGCUGCAAAGGAAUGUAGUGGGGGCCUGCGAACCGCUCAGAGAGGCCAGGAACCAUUCACAAUCUCUGAAAGAUCAAGAGCAUAUAAAAGCUACACAUCUCUGGAUUAUGAAGGUGAAGAUGAGGACUCUGUUGGAAUCUCGGAUUUUCAACGGUGCACGAAAAAAACGAGGGAGAAAUCACCAUUAUCCUCUCCUCAACCACUCAAGAAAAUCAGAACAAGUAAUAAAGCAGCAAAAAAACGCAACAUCAACUUUAGGCCAACAAAGAUUGAACCUCGCUCAAAAUCUGCAGUCAACAGUAAGCAUAUAUUAGAAAAUUUGGUUACGUACUAAAUAGGCAAUGUUUUUUGAAAGACCUCAACGGUAUGAGGAAAUACUUUAGGCACUUUAAAAAAAAAAAAAAAAAAAAAACAGUAUUGAAUUUAUUUUUCCAUCACUUUGACUACUUUUAACGCAUUACUUUUGUUUUGGUCACAGGGGAAGAUGAAUCAAAUGAUGAUUCUGUUGUAUCCUUGCACAAAUCUGCCUCCUGCACGAAAAAUAUCAAAAAAUCUCUUUUGGCAUCAACUACAAGUG